AAAAGGCCCUUGUUGCAUUUUCUUAGAUCUCAAAGGUUUUCAUCAUUUUCUUCUAGUUUAUUCUUGUUUUCCGGGCCUAAAAAUAUAUCGGAUGUAAUUGCACCGGCGGCACAAUGCUUCCUCCGAAUAUUUGCCGCACUUGUGCGAUUCCGAACACGGAUUUGCGGCCAUUGUCCACCUGUCUGGCCAAAGACGCCUCAAAAAGUUUCUAUGAUGUGCUCCAGGAGCUAACGCAAAUCGAUCCCCUGGUUGAGAGCUCGGGUGAUAGUCUGCCGCAGCAUCUGUGCACCGAAUGCCUGGCGAGAUUGGAAAGUGCCUACGCCUUUGUGGAACAGGCUAGGAAAGUCAAUGGCGAGCUGUUGGUUCGUCUGCGGGAAUGCCUUGACGAAAUGCCCAUUGACAUUCCGCAGGAGCAGCAGCACAUUAAAACCGAAGUAGAUAUCGAGGAGGCGGCUUCCAAGUAUGUUGAGGAUGUAGAUUCCGCCCGUAUAUCGCCUGUGGAGUUCAAAUGGCAGCCGGACAGUGAAAGUGAUGGAGAUUUUGCUGGAGCAGCAUCCAGUAAUGAGAAUGAGCGCGAGAAAAAACCCUAUCCCCUGAGACGCAGUGCGCGCAAAAUCAAGCAGCCUGUAGAGAGCGAUAAUGAGGAAUCAGAAGUACCAACAGAACCUUCGCCCAGCAAACGUCGUCGUGGCCGUCCCCCCGGCCCGGCCAAGCGCCAGUCGAUGACCUCCGAUGGCCGUCACGCAUGCAAGGAGUGCGGCAAGACCUUCUCCUGGUUCCGUGAUAUGCAGCGCCAUGCCCGCAUCCAUUUCGAAAAAUCCAACGCCUACGUUUGCGACACGUGCGGCAAGGGUUUCUUACGCAAGGACAAGUACACAUUCCAUCUGCGCUGCCACGAAAAAAACGAUGCCAAAAGCAAGGCUCUUCAGUUGGGGAACGAAUGGCGCUUCGCCGAACGGCUAUACAGUUCCGGCAGGUUGAAAAGGAUCGAGUGCAAACUGUGCGGCCUGAAGUGCCCUCGGAUUCAGGAGCUCAGAAUUCACUUGGUCAGCCAUAAGAACGUGGAGAGCCUGUUCCAGUUGAGGGAGAAUAGCGAUGUGAUUAAAGAGCACUAUGCUGACCAGCCAGGUGACUUGGACGGCGUCAAGGAUCAAAUUGUCGUGGACAUAACGGAAGGGCACUUGGAGAAGUUCGCUUCCAUAGUAAAUUCCCAUGGCUACGAGCUGGGGCUGUAUGACUCGGACGAGGAAUACGCUGGCGGAGAGUCAAAAUAUGAAUGCACGGCGUGCAAUCUUCCCUUUGCGAGGAAACAUCAAGUGGUGAGGCACACACUAGAGGAGCACGCCCAAUCAUUUUCCUCAGAGCUUCCCUGGAAACGGUGCGACUUCUGUAAUAUCGGAUUCCUCUGCUCCAGACUCUACGAUUGCCAUGUGAACAGCCAAUGUGACAGCAAACUAAAGCGGUAUCGAUGCGCAAAGUGCCCAGGGAAAUUUAUGUGGCCGGAAAAUCAGCACAGGCACGCGUGCUCCCAUCGCCACGAGGAACUGGCGCUUUCCCGCCAGAUCUCCUGCUCCUUGUGCGACGAAUCGCUGCCCACUUUGGCCCAGUUGCGUAUACACUUAGUUACCCACCAAAGUAACAUGAGUGGCAUCGAUCCGGAGCAUAGUUCGACGUUCUUUCGGUCGUUUUAUCCGAACGGACUGGAUUGCACUCGGGAGGAGCUGGGUGUCCGCAUAGCCGAAGACUUCGAGGUGCAGGACUUCGAUCGCUACUACAACGCCUGCACGGGCAGUGGCCAAGAGCUGGAUCUCUUCGAUUCCGAGACAGAGCAGAGUGGCGACGAUAGGGAGGAGGAUGAGAAGCCGAGCGCUCAUACCUGUUUGUUGUGUGGAAAGGUGACGAACAGACUCACGUCCCUACUGCAGCACCAGAACAGUGUCCAUUCAAAAGCGACGACGUCAGAUCUGCCUUGUUCCUGCCAGGAUUGUGGUGCUAGCUUCAUAAGCGACGCCCUGCUGCAACAGCACCGCCGGCGUAUCUGUGGAAAGAAACAUUUCCGCCGUCACUGCCAGAGCUGUAAUCUCCGGUUUAUCUGGCCGAGCAACUACGAGCUGCAUAUGAAGACCCAUCAUAGCGAGGAGAGAGAGGAGAAACAAAUCGAUGAGGGUGAGCAUCGGGAUGCCAAGCUGCAGUGCGACGUGUGCGAAAAGGUUUUCAUCUGGCAUAAGGAUCUCACGCGUCACAAACGCUUGCACCUGCCGCAAUCGGCGCAGUUCGAAUGUCCGCAUUGUGACCGAAAGUUCCACCGCAAAGAUGGCCUCAAGUCCCACCUGCGGGUCCACACAGCUGCCCAGCUUGUUGAGCAGCCUCUCGCAUCCGACAGUAGCCAGAUUCUUGCUCUGCUUUCCCGACCUCAUGGCUGUAAGCAGAUUCAGUGCAUGAUCUGUCUCUCACGCCACUCCAAGAUCUCUGAUUUGCGAACCCACCUGGCCGCUCAUCAAUACGGACUGAGCUUCACCGCGGAAACCGAUGUUUUCAGUAUCUCAAAGUAUCUGUACCCGGAACUGGGAACGUCCUUGGACAGAGAUCAACUGGCGGAGAGAAUUAUGGCAGAUAUCGACCAGGGACUGGAUCUGGAUCGAUUUAUUUCCAUCACCAAUGAAGCUGGCUUGGAGCUUAACUUGGACAGCAGUGAAACGGACUCUGAAUCCGAGGAGGAGGAGGAAAACCAGUCCAGCCAGAAUUACGCCUGCAAUCUCUGUCCCACGGAGGUGAAGAGAAAACAUCAGCUUUAUGCCCACCAAGGGGAGAAUCAUCAGUACGAGGAGGCACCUCUCGUUUGCCCGUACUGCCAGGCUAGGUUCGUCAACGAAUCCCUGCUGUAUCAUCACUCCAGGACCUUUUGCGGCAAUGUCCAGAAGCGCUUCCAGUGCCGGAAAUGUCCGGUUCGCUUCCGAUGGCGUGAGAACCUGAAGCACCACCUAUAUCUGUUUCAUCAGCAGGCUGAGAUGCUAGCUGCAGAGGAUUCGUCGCAAGUGGAUGCAGAACUGAAAUGUGGUGAGUGCCAGCAAACGUUUAAGAUGCAGAAAGAUCUCACAAGGCACACCUUGAUGCAUGCCCGGGAGGCGACGAUCUAUCGGUGUCGCUGGUGUGCACGUCGAUUUUACCGCUGGGCUAACCUCCUGCAACACAUCGCGCGCCACGGCAUCCGGGCUAGUGAGCUCCACUAUGCCGAGGCCCUCCUGGACUCCUAUGGACAUCCAGGCGGUCAGAAAACCGUGGAGUGCCGGGUGUGCAAUGUCAGCUUCGCCAGUAUUGCCGCCCUGCGUCUGCAUCUGGAGACCAUGCCGGCAGGCAGUCACCACGAGCUCUCCUCGUUGAAGAACUAUUCGAUCACCAACCAAAUGGGCUUUGAGCUGGAUCUUCAGGAUUCGGAAACGGAUGAGGAGCAGGCGAAGCCGCCUGGCGUGCCUGCCUACUACACUUGUGGCAUGUGCCAGCUGAGGUGCGUGAGGAAGUUCGAACUGCACCAACACCAGCAGGCCAUGCACCGGCUGGAGAAGAUUUCCGACGGCUGUGACCAGUGCAUCUUUAAAAGCGUCUGUCCCGACAUCAUUGCUCAUCACAAGAGGACCCAGUGUGCCAACCGGGAGAAGCAGUUUACGUGCUCCCGCUGCGGCUACAAGUUUAUGUGGGAGGCGAACCUGCUUACGCACAUGCAGCUGCAGCACGGAAAGACUGACAAUCCGGAGCAGGAGGGGGACAAGGAGUCUCCAGCCGAAGAGCCUAAGACCGGAAGCCCAGUUUUCCAGUGUGCCCAGUGCCCCAGAAAGUACAACCGAAAGGAUCGCCUGUCAGCGCACGUUAAAAAGUUCCAUGGACCCGCUGGUAGGGGUCCCGAGGUCGCAAAGGUUCCCGCUACCAGAGCCACCUCACCCAAAGAACCGAAGCGCUUCCUGUGCGCCUUCUGUGGCAAGGCGGUCAGCUCCUCCUCCAACCUGAUCAUUCACAUGCGACGUCACACCGGCGAAAAGCCUUUCAAGUGCGAGUUCUGCGCGAUGGCCUUUCCACGGUCGUCGGACCUCCAGUGUCACCGGCGAACGCAUACCGGAGAGCGGCCGCACGUGUGUACCGUGUGCCAGAAGGGAUUCGCCCGCUCUUACAAGCUGCAGCAGCACAUGCGCAUCCACAGUGGCGAACGUCCGUACAAGUGCACCUACUGCGAGAAGAGCUUCACCCAGUCCAACGACCUGACACUCCACAUCCGUCGGCACACGGGAGAGCGGCCCUAUCAGUGUGGCAUCUGCGGGGAACGUUUCAUCCAGGGAACGGCGUUGAAGAAUCAUCGCCUGCAGCAGGGCCACUACGAGGAGGGUCAGAAUUCUGGUGAGCCGGCAAGGCGCACGGUUUUGGAACAGUUCGCUGUAUGAGACUUGGUAAUAAAAAUUCUGUUCACACAAAA